AACAGCCACGCAAUCGUGCGUCGUACAGCUAUUUUUACUCCUGAAAGCUCUUUUUUUAGCAGGGGAUGCACACGUGCUUUCGACGUUGAUUGAUAAUACGAUAUAAGAGGAUGGAGACAGCGACAGAUUGAAGUACUCGUCUGUCUUUUUUCAAAGCUGCCGUAGUAUCAGUGCGCAAUUGCGCAGCCAGGAAACCCUGCGGAGACAAACGGGGAGCUCGAAAAACUACCGCAGCGCGUCACUGGAAGAAACCCCUUGUUGUGAUCACAUUCCCAUGAAGAGAAAUCCAAAUUUCACGCAUGUUUAUCAGGUGUGGAUCCUCUGUAUGAAUUCCCCGCCUGCUAAUCGUGGACACCGUUGGAGGGACGCGCACUGAAGGUAUUUGAUUUUAGGAGAAAGUGAGCGUUGCAACGGAUAGAGAUGUAGUAGCUGCAACUCAUGAUGCCAGUUUGCAUCUGGACUGCGGAUGCACUCAGCAAAAGUCUGGAUUUGUAAAAGGGGGAACCAUGGACGCAGCGGACGUAGCCGCUUCCGUGUUGGUUUUGGGGAUUAUUAUCGUGUCACUGCUGUCCAACGUUGUGGUGCUGAUCUGCUUUCUGUACAACCCGGAGAUCCGUAAACAGGUACCCGGCCUGUUUAUCCUAAACCUGACGUGUUGCAACCUGUUGCUAAGCGUGUCCAACAUGCCUACAACUCUGGUCGGGCUCAUCACCACGGGACACCCCGGAGGCAGCAGUUUCUGCCAGGUUGUGGGUUUCCUCGACACUUUUCUUACUACGAACUCCAUGCUCAGCAUGGCAGCUCUCAGCAUCGAUAGGUGGGUGGCAGUGGUAUUCCCACUGAGCUAUCACUCCAGGAUCCGGCACCGGGAUGCUGUGAUUGCACUUGGAUACACGUGGAUACACUCACUUUGUUUCUCCACCGUGGCCACCUGCCGCUCCUGGGUCGGGUACCAUCACCUUUACGCAUCAUGCACCCUCUGCAACGUGAGGGCGAAAGGAGCCGGGAUGCAGUUCAUCCUUUUCACCGUGGUCCUGCACUCUCUGACUUUCCUCCUCGCGCUCUUGGUGAUGUGUGUAACCUACCUGAAAGUGCUCAAAGUUGCGAGGUUUCACUGUAAACGCAUCGACGUGAUUACAAUGCAGACACUGGUGCUGCUUGUGGAUAUCCAUCCCAGGUAACCAUUACAGACGCGUUCACUUUGACUCCUUUGUUCAUUGUAAUGCAUUCCCAGUACAAUUUUGUUGGCUAUUUGUCUCGGUUUGCAGUUUUUUUUCCCUCUUAAAGUAUGUAAGGGGUAGUAUUGUGGAAAAAAAAUGUUCUGUAGGCAAAAAACUGGAACAGUCAGAGAAGCUGUGCUGAGUGUGUUUCAUCUAAAGGAUAAGGAGAUGGUGGUGGAUGUGUUUCUUUGCAUUAUCAACAGACAGUACUGAAUCAAGAAGUAAACUGCAAACACUUUCCUGGCUUAAAAACGUGUUAUUUCCUUUGUUGUUGUUGUUUUUAAUUGGAAUUGAAAAAGUUCAUUUGAAAAAGAAGGUGAAAAUUUCACCAUGGAUUGGCACAAAUGAUUCAGAUUUUAUUAACCAAUGUACAAUAGUAGAAUUUGAUUACAUAGGAUACAUCAUCCUCCAAGCAAACAUCUCGAGAGCAUAGCUUCCCAUCUUAACACAUAAAUGUAAAGCUAAAAUGUUUUAAAUGGGGGUGUUUUGUGUUUUCUAUAGUGGGCUGAGUUUAAUGAAUAUUCACAUUUUCCACAUAUUUCCUCUGUGGACUUCUUUAUCAUGUCUUUGUGUCUGUGAUGCUGCGCCCUGGGGAGAUAAUGGUACCUGUGUGCUCUUGCAGCGUGCGCCAGAAAUGUCUGGAUGAGCAGAAGCGCAGGAGGCUGAGGGCGACCAAGAAGAUCAGCACAUUCAUCGGCACGUUUGUGGUGUGCUUCAGCCCUUACGUCAUUACAAGGUGAGAGGAUAUUUCUAAUCGUGUGCAUUUGUUUGUGGUGUAUGUGUGGGGCUGUAUAACAUCAUUCAUCAUCAAAAUUACUACAGGUUUUCUGCUUGUUUUCAAGCCUUUCAAACACAAAAUUAAAAUGAAAAAGUUUAACUCAGUUUGUUGCACAGUUUGUGUUUUAUGCUGCACAAAAAGUGUAAAAUGAUCAUCAUUCAGUUAAACAGGUAGAAUAGUUUUCCCAAGACUGACAGAGGUACUCUGUUUUUUUACCUGUGUGGUAAACAAUGGACAACAUGCCAGCUCUCCACAAGUGAAACAAAGAAAUUUAAAGCUCUCCUUACUGACUGGCAGCUGUUAAAUCAUUAAGCCCACAUCUUCAAUGGGACAUGAGCGAAAAUAUAAGUAUACAUUUUUCCAAAAACAGUCUGUGUCAUUUAAUUGAGUUCUCAUCCUGGUAUUUUGCAUUCAAGUGUUUAAUUAGGCUGUUGCUCUACAAAAACGCAAUGAGUGACAGGUCUGCAGAGAUGCCUGCACUCUUUUAGUAGAGGAUGAUGGCGAGAUAGAGUUGGGCAGUAUGGCAGUGUAUACUGUGCGCGGUAUAAAGUGUCUACCGGUAGAAAUUUUGGUAUACCGUUUAUACCAGAGAGAGAGAGAGCAGAUUCUGCUGCAUACCUCUGAGUCAGCGUGUAGUUGUCUGCGCUCGCUAACAGGAAACCCGUAGCGCGUCCAUUUGGGUGCGUUUCUGUAUAUUCACCAGCGUGUCGUGCAGAGUUUGUUCGCUCUGUUUGAUUGGUCAGGUUUGGGUGCGCUCCCUAUAAUCACCAGCAUGUCCAGCAGACUGCUUGGCAUAGUCUGUUAUGUUAUGGUUAUGUUUAAGCUAUUAAAUGAAUUUACAGGGGGAAACAACAUACCGUGAUAUGAAAUCAUUCAUACCGUGAUUUAAGUUUUUGUUCAUACCGCCCAACACUAUGGCGAGAGGAUACAUAACAAACACCAGACAAGUCAUUCAACUUCUCAUGACUUAGUAGUUGUUUAAAUGAAGACAAGAUGAUGUUAUAUCAUGCAUUUUAUCAACCUGAGGGAACCUUUCCAAUCUAAGAGUUAGAUAUCUGUUUUGGUAAGUGGAAAGGCAAGAUAUCAAGAUCAUCCACAGACACGGGCAAGAUGUCAGUGCCAGAUGCAGGGGGGUACUUUGGCUCUACUUAUGGAGGAGUCAGGGGCACAUUGUCCACAUUUCUUUAUGUACAAUCAGUGUUUUUUUACUUACUUCACUGUGACCGCACAUCAGCUUAUCCCUUGAAUACAGACGAUGAUGAUUAUAUUCAGUGCUGCCUUGGUGUCCACUGACAAAUUAAGAGAUUUCUAACUGCUUCUUCUUCCUGGUGUCAAAGCUAAUUGCUUCUGCACACAGUUGUAAUCCUUGUCACUGCUCCUCAGUCACUGGCAGGAAGAGAGGGACAGACACAGAGAGAGAUAACAAAUGAGUCAGUGAUGGUAUCAUUGGCUCUCAUUAGUACUAGCCCCAGUGUCAGCGGUGGCAACCUGUCAGAAGCUGUUAGAACAGUGGUAUGGAAAUAGAAAGGAGGCGUAGUAGGCGCUGUGUGGUGUUAGAUUUGAGGAUACUGCACUAAUUAAGAAGACAAGCAGCAGAGCGGUGAGCCUGUUGGUUUUAUUUCGUCUUGGGAUAUGAUACAGAUUAGACACAAAAUUUCAAUCAUGAAGUCCUGAAGCAAGAAAAGCCCUGUUAGUUUAUGACACAGUGAUGAUAUUUCAGUGAAGUGCAAUGAUGGCAUUUUUACAGUGUAAUAGCAUAUGAGGAGAGGGGCUAUUUGCUUUACAUUUCUUCCACUCCAAUUACACUGAUCUAAGAUUUGGCUCUCUUUUCUAUUUUUGUGCUAACUAUGUGACUGUUGCUCUCCUUUUUACUUGAUUUGAGGUAGACUCGUCGAGCUCUUUGCCCCAGGGCCCAUAAGCCCUCACUGGGGUGUGUUGUCGAAAUGUUUGGCCUACAGCAAGGCAGCGAGCGACCCGUUUGUCUACUCCCUGCUCCGUCACCAGUACAGGAAGACGUGCAGCCUGCUGGCUAACAAAGUCCUCAAGAGGAGUCAGCUCAACUCAUCUUCCCUCAGGAUGGAGAGCAACACAGGGAGGAGCAACAACAACGCCAACACAACCAACAACAUCCAACCACCCACCAACAAGCUGUAGGACAGCGUAGGUCAACACUUCCAGAGACAGUCCGGGUACUCUCUGUGCUGAAGGUUCAGAUUGUGUUUCUGGCACUCAUGAAAAUGUGGGUAUGACAUGUGCAUUGACCUCUGUUUGAUGGUGAAACAUCAAAAGUGAGCAAGCUUGAGACGAAAUUACUUGUCCAGGGACAGGGCUGGAAAUAUCUGGUGUUUUUCUUACUGACAAAAAAAAAAAAAAAAAAGGCCAAGAAAACACAAAACCAAACUACAAAUAUUUGCCCGUCUGUGAUAAGGUUUUUUAUUACCACUGUGGGAAUAUAAGUCUUUAAAAUGGGCACAAUUACAAGAAGAAUCAUAAUUAAUGCAGAAAGGUAAAAAUGUGCAGAUUUGGUACAACAGAUCACAGGAUUAACUUGAAAAAAUACAAUGUGGCUCUGAGAUCUGUUUUAACCUUUUUGAGGAGCUCUAUAUGCUCUACCAUUAUAAUAAAUUUCAGAGGGGUACAAUCAUGAUAAUAACAAUCUAGUUUAGAAUUCAGUAGUCUACCUUUUGUUAAAAAUAACUCCAUUCAUCCUCUGCCACUCAUUUUGAGAAAUCUAUGUUGAAAUUAGCAGGUUAGAAGCUAGUUAGCUAGUUAACCAAACAAGGUGAAAAAAUGUGAUAUAAGGCCAUAGUUGUCACGAUAUUUGGCAGGCAUUUUGGGCCUUGAGGAAUAACAAAUUUUAAUACUUUCCUUAAGUGACUUGACAUUUUGGCGCAGAGUAGAAAGAAAAACAUUAAAUCAUUUAGUUGACCAAAUGUACACAGUCCUAGUCUAGUGAGCUCAUUUUAAUCAUAGUGACACUCCAACGAAUGGCUAAACCCACUCGCUUAACAUAUAUUUUACCUCUGCGCUCUAAUGGGUGGUAGAGCUACAGGGUUAUAACAACUGAAUCAAAGCCCUCUUCUUAAUUAAAAUCGAAUCACAGUUUUUGACCCGAAUGUUGAUUCUUCGGGACUGUUCCAUACUGUAAAUAUAUUGGACAUAUUGUGGUGAUACAGCAGUCAUAUUGUACCUAGAGAAGUGCACUGAUGGUUUGACUGACAUGACUGUAGAUGUUGUAGCUAUGAGGCCUGAGUUCUUAAGUGCCUUUUACACAAUGAGCUGUCUGAUCCAAUCAAAACACCACAGAGGAAACAUUUCACUUUGUGUUGUCUGCUUUGUGGUUCAGUGUGUGGUGGUAGGGCUUGUAAAAGCAGUUUGGUCUAACGCUAAGGAAGUUAGAAGUACUGUUUAUUUUGUGAUAUCAGUUGUGUUGCCGUACUGGGAAAGACAGGGUGAACUAUUAUUUGAAUGUGGUAGCAACUCCUUAGUGAUGUGUAUUAAGAGUACAGCUCAUGCCAUAUGAGCACAGCUCCGUGAUGUCUGGGUUGUACAAAUCGUUCUGUUUGACACCGGCAAAUCAGGAUAUUUUUGUUUUUACUUUGUGAAAGUAUGAAGCCUUUAAAAGGCGUUUAAAUCUAUUUAUUUUUGUCAGAACUGUGACUGAUUUUUGCUAAAUACGUUUGUGAUUUUAUUGCAAUAAAUGCUGUGCAUUUUGACAUUUUGAAAACUUA